AAGGGAGAAGAGAGAUUUCCAUCCUCACCGUGAAAUCUACCCCAGAAAAUCCCAAGUCCUAAAGCAGAGGAACUUGUAAGCUAACACUUUACCUCUGGGUUAAAAACCAUCCCAUAUAUUAGCCAGAUAUUUUUAUUUUUUUUUCCCCUUUCCUGAAUAUGUGCUGAUCUCAUUCAUCUUGGGAAAAGCACUGGGUGUUCUCAUCCAGGCUCUACCUGGCAAGCUGCACACACUGUGGCAGAGGGAGCGAACUUCUGAGCAGGCUCUGCAGUGGUGCUGCUGGGCUCCUUCUUCUUUCCUUCUGGAGCAAGAGCGUGGCUUCUUCACCUGGCGUUCCUGGGAGAGAUGAAGGAACAAAAACGUUUGCUUGAUGGAAAAUUACCCUCUCUGGCUCUCAGCUCAGCGAGUGGCUGAGAGUUAACAACGCUCAAGUGAAAAUCACAAGGAAAUAAAAUGGAGAAAUAUCUGGACACGUCUGAACACGUCUGGCCAUAGCCUGAACAAGUCUUAGACAUCAGGGCAAGAUUAAUCAGCCACUCGAUGGGGAUUAACAGUGGAGCACCUCUUUGUGUCGCCUGUCCACCUCUCUGUAGCAAGAAUAACAACUUCAGCACUUCUUCAAUAAUAAUUAUGAAACUGGUAUUAACUGAAUGGCAAUUAUGGAUUUUUAACUCUAACUCACAGUAAACCAGCAAGCCAUAUGUUGGAAUUCCUACCAAAUAGCUUUCCAUUCUUUAUGACUCGUAUCUACAAAAGAAGUUGCAAGAUACUUGUUUGUACAAGAGGAAUAUAAGCAUUACUUGCCUGAGGAACAGAAGGUGAAAGAGAAGACACCCUAACUUGUUUGUGGAGUUAUGGUAGUGUUAUUUAUAUAGAUAUAACAUAUAUAUAUAUAUUUUUAUGGUAAUGAAGAUGGCUCCCCAGAAUGCUGACUCGGAAUCUAUGCAAGUUCAAGAUCUACCUGUGGCACAGCUUCAGAAACCGGAAAACAAGGAGAAUGAAAGUAGAGAGGAGACCAUUAGUGAAGGAUCCAUAGACCGGAUACCGAUACGCCUAUGGGUGAUGCAUGGUGCAGUAAUGUUUGGCAGGGAAUUUUGUUACGCCAUGGAGACAGCUUUGGUAACGCCUGUGUUGUUACAAAUUGGUCUUCCUGAACAGUACUACAGCCUCACUUGGUUCCUCAGCCCAAUCCUGGGCUUGAUCUUCACUCCGCUUAUAGGUUCAGCCAGUGACCGCUGCACGCUGAGCUGGGGCCGCCGGCGGCCUUUCAUCCUUGCUCUCUGCAUCGGUGUCCUCUUUGGAGUUGCACUUUUCCUUAAUGGCUCUGUUAUAGGUCUGGCUAUUGGUGAUGUCCCAGACAAGCAGCCCAUCGGUAUUGUCCUCACAGUGCUUGGUGUUGUGGUGUUGGACUUCUGCGCUGAUGCAACAGAAGGGCCAAUUCGGGCGUACCUGUUGGAUGUGGUGGACAGUGAAGAACAAGAUAUGGCGCUUAACAUCCAUGCCUUUUCAGCUGGUCUUGGAGGAGCAAUCGGUUAUAUGUUAGGAGGACUGGACUGGACACAGACUUUCUUGGGUGGUAUUUUUAAAUCUCAAGAGCAAGUCCUUUUCUUCUUUGCAGCCAUUAUUUUCUCUGUGUCUGUUGCUCUCCACCUUUUUAGCAUUGAAGAAGAGCAAUAUAACCCUCAGCAGGACAGGAUUGAUGAGGAAGGAGACACACUUUCUAGUGUCAAAUUCAGUGGUAGUCUCCCCCCUCUGAAUCGACUGAAUGUAAUUAGCGAGGAGGAGCCAUACGGAGCCUCUAUGUUCCACGACGAGGUUCAGUCAGAGCAUGAUCUCAAUAUGGAGUUCCUCGAAGUGAACAUUGUAAGAAGUAAGAGUGACUCCGUUCUGCAUAUGCCUGAUGCCACGCUGGAAAUUGAAUCAGAGCUGCUUUUUCUGCAUGACAUCGAACCCUCCAUUUUUCAGGACGCUUCUUAUCCAAACACUCCCCACAACACCAGCCAAGAGAUCAUGAAGUCCAAACUCAACCACCUGUCUGCUUUCCUCAGGGACAAUGAAAAAGAGGAGGAAAUGUUGCUUGAUAAUCACUUAAAUGAAGAUAAAGUCCCAAAUAUGAAUGGCUCCCUACCAAAAGAGUUCCUCAACGGGAACGCUAGAAUAGGCAUGAAGCAAUCUAGUACUUCAAACUCCAUGCGGAGGCGGAGGCACAUGUUCUACCGUCAGCCUUCAUACACCUUCUCCUACUAUGGCAAAAUAGGCUCUCACCGCUAUCGCUUUCGUCGGGCCAAUGCCAUCGUCUUGAUCAAGUCCUCACGCAGCAUGAAUGACCUCUAUGACAUGCAGAAGCGGCAGCGGCAGAGGUACAGACACAGGAAUCAGAGUGGCACAACAAACUCAAGCGGAGACACAGAGAGCGAAGAGGGGGAAACUGAAACAACUGUCAGACUCUUGUGGUUGUCAAUGCUAAAGAUGCCAAAGGAGCUGCUGAGAUUGUGUGUUUGUCACCUCUUAACUUGGUUUUCCAUCAUUGCCGAAGCUGUGUUCUAUACAGAUUUCAUGGGCCAGGUCAUCUUUCAGGGUGAUCCAAAGGCCCCUUCUAAUUCAACUGAGUUACAUGCCUAUAAUGCUGGAGUUCAGAUGGGAUGCUGGGGACUGGUAAUCUAUGCUGCUACUGCUGCCGUUUGUUCAGCCUUGUUACAGAAAUACUUGGACAACUACGACCUUAGUAUAAAAGUGAUCUACAUCCUGGGCACACUGGGAUUUUCUCUUGGCACUGCAGUGAUGGCGAUAUUCCCUAACGUGUACGUCACCAUGAUAAUGAUCAGCACUAUGGGAAUAGUUUCUAUGAGCAUCUCCUACUGCCCUUACGCACUUUUGGGACAAUACCAUGACAUUAAAGAGUACAUUCACCACAGCCCUGGAAACUCAAAGCGAGGAUUUGGCAUAGACUGUGCUAUUCUGUCAUGUCAGGUUUACAUCUCCCAGAUCCUCGUGGCCUCUGCCCUUGGUAGUGUGGUGGACGUGGUUGGCACAGUCAGAGUCAUCCCCAUGGUGGCUUCAGUGGGAUCUUUCCUGGGGUUUUUGACAGCUACCUUCUUGGUGAUUUAUCCCGAAGUCAAUGAAGAGCCAAAGGAAGAACAGAAAGGACUCGGACCUCCAGAGACAACUGAGGGCAACAGCACAAGUGCAGAGAAACCAACUGUCCUGAAACUCACACGCAAAGGAACCGCCACAAUGGAGCUGGAGGGCGAGUCAGCUGUGUGAGGCCGCCGCUUGUUGCUCACCCACAUUCCAGGGAGUGCAGGUGCAGGAUCAAGAACUCUUCUAUUUUCUUUUUUUUUUUUUUUUUUUUUUUUUCCUUUUUUUUUCUCCCCCCAGGAAAACAAAUCAGCAUCUUCAUUACUUGUAGCAAAAACUGCAGAAGAAAAGGCAGUUCCAUGCAAAAACCUAAAUGAAGUUCUGUAGUCCUUAUUAAUAUAGGUUUGAACAGGUAGCUGUGAUGCUAAUUGCUUUCUCUACAACUUAGAAAUGUCAUUGCUGAACACUUUUUCUAUUACCAGCGCAAUUUAGAUUUCAGAUAAGUUCUAUUAACCUGCAUGAGACUCGCAGUGUAUGCAAUUAGCAGUUAGAAAAAUGAAGUUUUCGGCUGUUCAUAAACUAACUGAAAAUGGAAGCUAUUUUGACUUACAGUCUCCCGCUGUUUAUUUGUCUGAAUAUUUCCAGUCUCACUAGUGCAGUAGCUGAAUGAAAUGCUUAGACACCGUGAUCAGUUCUUUUCAUAAGCAUAUUGUUGGUCUGACAGCUACAGUUCUUGAACGUUAAUUUUAGACGUAUUUUUGUUAGUGCAAUUUACUACAGAAUUGUUUCAUUUUCAAGGAAAAAAAGAAAAAAAAAUAAGCAAUUACUGCAGUUUCUGAGAAACUGCUGUGAAUGCUGUCAGUCAUACUGUUCAACAGCUACUACUCCCUGUUCUGCUGCUUGUAGGUGAGGGCAUGAUGUGAACCGUAGGUGGAAGGAGCAGCUGCUGGGAGAGGUGGUCAGCACUCGCAGGUUUUUAUCACAAGUGCUGAAUUUAAUGAAUGUCAUUAGAAUAUGCUGUGACAAUUUAUAGCUGGGAGUUUUGAGUACCGGUCAGCUCUGGGGCUUUCUUGGCAUUUAAACUUAAUGAUCUCUGGAUGAAGCUGCCGUGAAGGAGGGUGUCCCUGAGGUCAGCUUUGUGGGACGGGUGUGCAAAUUCUCAUUUGGCAGAAGGAAGUCAUUGCUUACUUGCACUUUUUUUGCUCCUUUAACCUCCAGGCUGGGAAUGCAGCAGUCGGGUUAAAGGCACAGAGUCAGUACAACAAGGUGAACCGAAGGCCUACCUCUGUAACUUUAUGGCAUAGUCUGGUUGUAUAAAUAUUUGUGUCAGAAACAGUUUUUAGGCCUUAAAAUCCAAUCCACUCACGUGUGUUGCUGUUCCAGUCCCCGUCUUGGAGGAAUUGUAGGGCUGGAGCUCUUCUGAGCCGCUCUACCAAUUUCAUCAGCGCAACCUCCGUGCCCCUUCCUUGAUUCAGGACGUGUAGCUGCAAUGCAAAGACAUUUUCUGUGAAGAGCUUAAAAGAGUUGAGCUAACCUGAUUUACAGUUUUUAUUUGGAUUGCUGGCAGUGCCCCGGUCCGUGGGCAGACAAAGCUCAGAGAUCCGGCAGCCACUUAAAGCAACUUGAGAAACUGAACUUCCAAUCUGUCGUCUUCUAAGGAGCGUUUGUGAUGCUGUUUUCCUCAUUUUGGGGUGGACCUCCGGGCUGCAGUCAGUCCACGUGCUACAAACAGACAAAUCACAGCUCAUCGUUAAGAUUUCUGCUGCCUCAAACUUGUGAUACUACAGUACUUUAAACCGCAUGUGUAAACCAUGCUGCAAUAUAGUCCUUCAAAAGAAAAUAUAUAUAUAUAUAUUUCAAAAUGAAAAGCAGUUUUUAAUAAAUUACUUGAAUUGUCGAUGUAUUUAAGAAAUGUAUGUUUUGGUAUAUUUGAAGCUGGCACCCAGUUUUGGCUGGCGUUGGUGAUGGGAUUCCUGGUGACAUACGUGUGUUGUGAGCUGAAGGCUGUGGGUUCGUGUGAUGCCCUCUGCUAACCAAGGGUGACAGUGUUGUGUUUAGGCUGGUGGAAUUCCGAGCACUAAAGUACAUGGAAUCACGUGGGACUUCUUUGUUUCUUUUUUCCAAGUGUCUCAAAAAAGUCUUUUUUUUUUUUUUUUUUAAUUAAGGUGAAUAUUUUUUUAUUUAGAACACAUACUGUGAACUGUGUUCUGACAGGGGAAUAGUACUACUGAAGAACGCGAGACCUUAUUGAAGAAAGCAGUCGUGAGAAAUACUUUAAUUGAACUUCCGCCUUGAAUCUUUAUCAUCUCAGUUACAUUUAAUAUAUUCUGGUGAUAUUCGUAUAUGUAGAAGGGAUGCGUGUUGUAUUUCACCCUAUAACUGGCAUUCGUGUAAAAUACAUGCUGAGUUAGUUAGGCAAUUUAAAGUGGCUUUACUAUUUUAUUUUUAAAGCAUCUUGAAGACUCUGCUUUUGUUUAAAUGAACAUUGUCAAGUACUCCUUAUAUGAACCUUAUUUCUUGCAAGGUUCCACUAUGCUUUUUAUAGCUCUUCUGCUCGCUGCCAGCCUUACCUAUUUCCCCACCACUCACAAGUUCCAUUGAUGGUGAAUGUAGCUUCCAACCACCACUGCUCUGCACAGCACCUUUGUAAGCCAAGGUUUCUUUCACAGCGCAGCCAAGCUCACCAAGGUCCAGCUGCAAGGAGGGAGGAGAUGCUGGUGUUCCCUCUUGCAGGCUGAUGUUGCAUGCGUUUAUUCAGUUCUCUAUGUCGUGGCAAGCAGAGAAGAGGGAGAAUGACAUUUCAGACCUAGAGAGUUUCAGUCAAAGGCAGAGCAGGUCCAGUUUGUCCCAGCCUUGUUUCUAGGAACUGACAUUAAAAUCCAGAUCCGGGAUUGUUGAUGGCAUUGUUUAGCGUGUUUGUAACACAUCAGUAUGCACACUGCUUUGUAGCAGGAAGCUCUAUUUCACUGCCCUACAAAACCGAAGGAAAUCAUUAUCCAUUGUAAACACACCCAAAGCAUUUGUAGUAUUGCCAGAAGAAUUAACUUAGGGCAGCCCCUGCCAAAGUAUCUCCUCCUGUCCCUGGGCCAGGCUGUGGAAGCACCGCGCUCGCUUCCCCUGCGCUCACCAGGGAUCGUCUGUGACAUCUGUUGAUGCAGAACUUUCUCUUGAGUUUGAGAACUUUCCUUUUGACCCUGGCGCUUCUCAGGGUGGAGCGGGCACUCGUUUAUUUCUAAAUGCAUCCCUCACCCUUUGAUACAGAACCUAUUUUUUGUUACGGUGUAAAUUAGCAUGGCUUUACGUUUUCAUUGCAGAAGAGAGCUUUGAAGGGGCUUUACUUAAUUCCUGAUGCUAGCAAGUAUCAUUGUUGCUUACAGUACUGUACAGUCCAACCUAUCCUGCAUGCUCCAUCUCGUAGGACCUUUGCUGCAGUAGGUUUGUGGUUUCCUGGUUCCAGGUUGCUCUUACACUGUAAACAAUAUUAACGUCUUUUGCUGCAGUCUUGGGUGGCAUGCAACGCCCGUACAUGAGGCACUGUUAGAGCUCAGACUGCUGAGUGUUUCACUAAUCGGCAAGCUGCACAUCCUGAAGUAUUUCAAAUGAAAGCAGAGGAGCUCAAACCACACCGCUCAGAAGGGCACAAGUGGGGUUCGUACACCAUCGGGUGACCACAAGAGUCUCACUGGGCUCAAACCGUUUGUGGCUGGCAAUUACAGAUUCCAGAAGCAAUAAUUUCUUAGGAAUGUUUCCUUUCCUACUGCUUAGAUGACUUUCAUAGAGAUUUAUGACCCAAACAGGCUUUUUGUAACACAAAUAUGGUUAUGUGGGCUAGCGCUGGCAGUAAGCAGUUAUGGUAAGACAUGGGUUGUUCAUCACCAGGAGGGAGAAAGCCAGUACGUCCAGCAGAGGUUAGUGCUCCUUCAAACAGUGUCCUUUUCCCCUUUCAUUUGGAGCCCUUCCCUGCAGUUUGAAAUAAUCCCUGCCCAUGGUGAGCCUUCCUCAUCCCUUUCCCAUCUCAUCCAAAUGCCCUGAGCACUUGAAUGACAACAGCACCAGUAAUGAUUAUUGCCAGAUACCUCAAUAAAGCCUCAGCUCCAACAUUAAAAACGCAUCUGCCCAACCUGUGCUGAGCUUUUCACAGCUGUGGUCCAUCUCCUUGCAGCAAUGUGGGUUGAGGUCACACCUCCCAGUAAAGAAGCUGUGGUUGAUAGCUGGGAAAGCUUCCUCCACGCUGGGCAGGCAGGCAGCCACGUCGCAGGGGGCAGCGGUGUUGGUGGGUGUUGGUGGUCACUCCUUGUUUCAGUAGUUUUCUCUAAAUGAGAAGCUGGCUCGCCAGCCACUCUGCGGUUCAGUCUCUGCAAUGAAUUCUAGUUCAAUCACUGAGAGUUUUUUUAGGUGUGAGUGUGUGUGUGCGUGUGUCUGUGUGUAUAUAGCUUCAUAUACACACUGUUUGGGCCAAAAUACCAUUGGUGGUUGUGUGCUCUUUGUCACUGUACUCGACAAUGUUUUCAACUGAGUUCUUCCAGGUUUUCCCUCAUCUUUGUCUGAUGCAAGACGAGCUCAGCUAUAUAUAUCCUAUUUAAAUAAGUGAACUCCUGCAUGAUAUUCCAAGCACAUGUAGCAGCUUCGGCAUCUGAAGUAUCUGUUGUGAAAGAGAAGUUGGUUUUAUUUGCAGCUGUUUUGUUCUUGCUUCCUUUUAAUAGGCCAAAUAAAUGUAACGAACACCAAAUGUUGCACAGAAAUGUUAUGAAUGACUGUGUAGAAAAUAUACCAAAUUGUAUUUUUCUUUGCAGAAACUUUAUGGUAACAGAGAGUCCUCUAGCUGUUAUUCUUAAACGACAAAGCUGAACAUUCGUGAAGUGCGUUGAAAAUGGUCAUUUUUAAGAUGUGAUGCUACCCAAAGUUUUCUGUUUCUCAUGUUACAUCCAGAAAAAGCGGUUUUCCCAGGGGAAAGCUGCAGGAGCUCAGCUACCAACUGCUGUUUGGCGUUAGAGGCUCAGCAGGCUGGGCAGUUCAGAAACUACGUUAGAUAACUUUCUAAAGGUUCAGUUGUCCUUCUGCAAUGUGGCUUCAGUCUGCACAAGCAGCAGGGUCUGCUUGUUCACAUAUUCAGUUUGUUAUGUGAUUUCAAUUGGAGUUCCAAGGAGUGGUCUGCAUUUGACUUCUUCUCCCUGUCCUUCAGCCUUGCUGUUCCUCAACCUGGAGAUGGGUUUGAACUGGAUGAAAAUUAUGGCCAUUUAUUGGCAAAUGUUUUUCUUCAAAAAAGAACCAAAACCAAACAGUUUCUUCUCAAAUUGAAAGGCUUUUGCUGUGUUUUUGGCCUGCUAAAGCUUUACAGAAAGGCCACGAUACAGCCUCAGUUCAGCAUUCUCUGACAUGUUGUCCUUAAACUUUGGAGUUGGGGGUAGACCUCUGUAAGCAAAGCCUUCCUUGAGCAAAUCACCCCUCUCUACUCAGUGGUAACCAAACUGUAGUAAACAGCCCCCAAACCAGAAAGACUUCUCUAUUAACAGAUUGGCAGUUCUCAGUUAUUACUCUUUAUUCUGAUGUAACAUGAACACUAAGCCCUUUCGGUAGCCAAAUGACCAGCUUGUUUUAAAUGCCUCAUAUUAAUAGAAAGCUGCAUUAUAGGCAUCUCAUAGCAGAAAAAAAAAAUAAAGAAGAAGAAUAUUUAGUUCCUGUGUGAACUGGCCGUACGACAACUACUUUUUUAUCAACUUAUUAAGUUGGGGCACUAUAAUAGCUCUUGCUGAGUUUAGCAAUGUUUAUAAGCAUGUGUUAAACACAUAACGUUAAGUUUUAUGAGGAAAAAGGGAUAAAGAAAAGUAACGUCACAGAUGAAUGUUUGAGUGCGUAGACGGCAUAACGUAUGUAUGUUUUUUAUUUCCACACUGUUGAGCUUAUUUUCUGUUUUUAAGGUUAAAACAAGAAGUUGUUGCAUGAGAACUGUUUUAUUGUGUUCUGCACUUUCUGUUCUUUUUGUAUAAUCUUGAUUUAUUUUUUUUCCCCAUUUAUGCAUAGAAAACAAAAUCAAUUUAGAAAUAUUCUAUUCCACGAGACAUUGUGUUCCAAUCCGUUGUUCUGAAGUUCAAUCUUAAUAAACAUUUCAGUAAGA